AUGCUCAGUCACUUGCCGUCAAACCCGAAAAUAGACAGCACAAGAGUCCCAACUGGCGCCCCCUUCAAUCCCACCCGACAAUCCUCUACGACCACUCGAAUCCAAGCACUAUCCGGUCUGAAUUUCAACUCCGAUCGACUCUGGCAAACAUCAGACGAGACAUGCAAUUGGGGCAGCGCCCAUAGAUAUGGCGAAAACCCAAUUGAAACCAGCAUGGCCAGUCUCACUCUGUCAGAUGACGACGCUCGUGUUAGGUGGCUUGCUGCCGAGAUCAAGAAGUUGGGAUGCACUCUCUCAGUCGACCAGAUGGUCAUCUCGACACGCAGCCUCGCGGGGGUCGUGAAUGAAAAUGGAAUUCAGACGAAAUAUGACAUUGGGGUUGUCAACUGGACCAAUUCCCCCAAGUCCAUGUGCUCCUCCGGCGUCUGGGCUGGUGCUAUCCCGAUCCAGAAGGCAUGGGAUCUCCGUGACAUCCAUGAUCCCAAUGCAACGCUUCGGUCCAAGCUUGAAAGACACGGGUAUCUAGGCGACAUACCCUGUACAAGCGAUGCACGCACCGGUUGCCCUCUCGGUGCAAAUUUCGAGCUUCUCAUUGAACAGGGGCCUAUUCUGCCCGAGUACAACCGGCCGACCGAGAUCGUCCAAGGCGCGCAGGGGUGCCGUCCAUCUAUCAACAUCAUUGCUUCGCAAGUGACCUUCACACUUAAUAUCCGACACCUCAAGACAGCGUCGUGCAUGCCGUUCAAGAAGAAUGUCUGCGAUCAUUUGCUCAGAUUGCUUCUCAAGACGUUUGAUUCAGGCUGGGGCGCAUCUACUCAAGACGUGGCCGACGAGCUCGUCGGCCACGUCAAGCCGAUGCCAAUGACUAGUGGUGCCGGCCAUGACAGCGUGUAUACCACCAGCAAGCACUGCCCAAAGGCGGUGAUCUUCGUGCCAUGUCGUGAGGGUGUCAGCCAAAACCCGACGGAGUAUUGUUCCUAA